CCCAGGUUCGCAGCCCUCGGACGCCCCGCCCCGGCGGAAACGGCCGCGGACUAACUCCGCCCACCGCCUGGAGUCGCGCGGGGAACCCGGACGGUGUCCUGCAGGGGCCACGCCAGAGCACAGCGCCUACUAACACCGUGCUGGGGGCAAGUUUUCAAUUUCAGUACUCUUUAAAUGACACGUGAGUAAAACCUUAUAUAAAGAAGAGAGACUCCAAUCAACAAUAUCAAUAAUAAGUUGGAAAAGAACGAUGUUGUCCUUAAACAACCUGCAAGAUAUCAUCUAUAACCCGACAGUCCCCUAUGUUGGCACCAUUUCUGAGCAGCUGAAGCCUGGCUCUUUGAUUGUAAUCCGUGGGCAUAUUCCUAAUGAUGUGGACAGAUUCCAGGUGGACUUGCAGCUCGGCAAUAGCCUGAAGCCGAGGGCUGACGUGGCCUUCCACUUUAACCCUCGCUUCAAAAGGUCCAACUGCAUUGUCUGUAACACGCUGACAAACGAGAAAUGGGGCUGGGAGGAGAUCACCUACGACAUGCCCUUCAGAAAAGAGAAAUCUUUUGAAAUCGUGAUCAUGGUACUAAAGAACAAAUUCCAGGUGGCUGUGAAUGGGAAACACACUCUGCUGUAUGCGCACAGGAUCGGCCCAGAGAAGAUAGACACGCUGGGCAUCUAUGGCAAAGUGAAUAUCCAUUCCAUCGGUUUCAGCUUCAGCUCGGGUUUACAGAGUAUGGAAACAUCUACUCUGGGACUGACACAGAUAAGUAGAGAAAAUGUCCAGAAGUCUGGCAAGAAACAGCUGAGCCUGCCAUUUGAAGCAAGGUUAAACGCCUCCAUGAGCCCUGGACGAACCGUUGUCAUUAAAGGAGAAGUGAAUGCAAAUGCCAAAGGCUUUAACGUCGACCUAGUGGUAGGAAAAUCUAGGGAUAUCGCUCUGCACUUGAACCCACGCCUGAACGUGAAAGCAUUUGUAAGAAAUUCCUUUCUUCAGGAUGCCUGGGGAGAAGAGGAGAGAAAUAUUACCUGCUUCCCAUUUAGUCCUGGAAUGUACUUUGAGAUGAUAAUUUACUGUGACGUCCGAGAAUUCAAGGUUGCGGUAAACGGUGUGCACAACCUGGAGUACAAACACAGAUUGAAAGAGCUAAGCAGUAUUGAUACACUAGCAGUUGACGGAGAUAUCCAUUUGCUGGAUGUAAGGAGCUGGUAGCUACCGUGACUGCCAAAAUCCCUAAAAUACAAAAUGGCUAAUGGGCUACUGGCCAUGUCAAAUGCAUCUUGUUUUCACCACAUUGUUUAUGUUGUUUGAGCUCAUACAACAUCGAUCAAAUUCUACCUGGUGUUCUCAGGCCUGGCCUGAGCACAUGCAGUGUGGCUAUCUGUGUGUUCAGGGAACAAAUCUGGGGCAAUCCCAGCUUACACACGCCGGUGAGGCUCGCACACACAGCCUCCUCUUGCAAAACCACACUAACAAAUAUUUAAGUGCCUACUCUAAACUAGUUAAUAGGGAUGGAAGGCAUAUUUCCUGUAUAUAUUCUGAGCUGGACAUAGACCUGGUGGUACCCAGAACCAGUGUGGUCCCUGUUUCCUGGCACUCACUUGCCAUGAUCUCCCACUGUAGGGCUUUCCUGUAGGGGGCGUCUGUAGUUAAGGUCAGAACAAUAUACUAAUGGAUGGAAACAUUACUUCCUCAGUGAUCCUUUUCAUAAUCAACAUUCUAUCAUAUCUCAUAAGUAUAACACUUAUUUAGCUCUCACUUUAAGCUUUAAAGAAUAUGAUGCUGAACAUAGCAGAAAAAUUGAGGCAAAAAACCCUGAAUUAGAACAAGUGUUGUGCUCCAAGUAGAUUUCUGCUUAUUUGCACUCAACUCUGUGCCUGCGGCAAAGUGCGGAAGAGAAUGAUAAAUAAAUGCAGCUUGCAAAACCUUGGGUGACUCACACCAAGAUGAGACUUGGUGAAUGUGCAGAACCAUCGAAGCAAAACCUACACAGGAGGGUAAUGUAAGAAAGUUGAGUUGCCACGUGUCUGUCUACAUCAGCAGUGAGGUCAGACGCUGCUGUCUGCUAGGGGGCAGCUUGCAUCAGCAAGCUCAGCUGCGGUACUCCUGUAACUUCUGUGUGACCGAGCUGGGAGAAGCUCUAGGUGAAGUCUUUACAGUUCCAAUCUUGGUCUGGAUUUCAAAGGUUUGGUGUGGGAGGGGGUAGAGCUAAUUCAUCAGGUCAUUUUAUUAUUAAACCACAGGGUAGAAUUCGACCAGGGCUUAAGUCCUGACAGCCAAUUUGCCCAGAUAUAUGUAUUCAGACAUGGAAAUAUUAGCAUCACCAUUUCUUACUUUUUAGGAAGUACUUGAUGCAGCAACUGCAGUCCUUCAUUCUUUUCAUGUAAACUAUUAUGCUGGCUCUUGAAAAAGUUAAGCUACAGGGUGGUGGGUGGAGCUGGGCAAUCUGUUGGAGCCCAGGAGGCUCUAGAAUCCCCACUGUUGCUUCUUCAUAAAGAAGGCAUGACUGCUGAGACGUUGGGAGCUGAAAGGCAUCAGGGAAAAUAAAAGUGCAUUCAUAGAAAAAGCUUAUUUUCAUUCUGUUUUAUGCAAAGCUACUAAGACUAAUUUUGAAUAGAAUUCAGUCUUAAUUCUUAGGAUCUGGUCUUUAAAAAAAAGCUGCUGGAAUUUAAGUUGUGAGAUGUUUCAUUGUAUAUUUCUAACUUAUCUCUAAAGUUCAAAAUGGCCUUUUUGCUAAUCAUAAUUCCACAUUAAAAUUUUGUAUUAAAUUAGGA